UUUUAUACAGAGCUCUCUCAGUUACUGCUUUGUGACCUUACUCUGCAUUUUAAUAAUCCUGUGAAGACAGAGGAUGCUAAUGAAAUUGAAAAAAACCACCCCCUCUUUGAAGAGUCUAAAUUGUCUGAUGUGUCCCUUGCCUUUAAUAGUUUUUCCAUCUGAUUGUUUGUUUAUUAUAAAUUGCUAAUUGUAUUGUAGAAUUGAAAAAUCCAGGAGAAUUGAGUUUGCUCAUAAAUGUAAUAUCAUUAGAAACAAUAAAUAUAUGUAGAGUUGUAAAUA